AGCAAAGGCAAAGGAAGAAGAGGUUUCUUUAUCCUAAACAAGGUGGGAUUUUUCAUUGGUGAUGUCUUCUUUACAACUGCUGAAUCCAAAGGCAGAGUCGCUCAGACGCUCUGCUGCUUUGCAAGUGAACAUUGCCGCGGCACAAGGCUUACAGCAGGUGUUGGAGACCAACCUGGGCCCAAAGGGUACGCUCAAGAUGCUUGUUGAUGGUGCUGGUAAUAUCAAGCUGACCAAGGACGGUAAGGUGUUGUUGAGUGAGAUGCAGAUCCAGAACCCGACUGCUGUUAUGAUUGCAAGAGCUGCUGCUGCACAGGAUGAGAUCACGGGUGACGGUACUACUUCUGUUGUUUUACUCGUUGGUGAGCUGUUGAAACAAGCUGAAAGAUUCACAUCUGAAGGUGUUCAUCCACGUAUCAUCACUGAUGGGUUUGAAAUCGCAAGAAGAGAGACCUUGAAGUUUCUCGAUGGGUACAAGAUAUCUAAGGAGCUUGAUAGAGAGUUAUUAUCACAGGUUGCCAGAUCAUCUUUGUCCACCAAGGUCCCACAUGAAGUUUCCGAGACACUGGUUCCAAUAGUUACCGAUGCCGUGCUCAGUGUCAAGGAUGAAAGAGGAUUAGACUUGCACAUGAUUGAGAUUAUGCAAAUGCAGCAUGGAUCUCCAAGAGAGUCCGAACUCAUCAAAGGUUUGGUGCUCGAUCACGGUGGUCGUCAUCCGGAUAUGCCAAAGGUUGUUAACAAUGCAUACGUAUUGAUUCUAAACGUUUCCUUGGAGUACGAAAAGACAGAAGUGAACUCUGGAUUCUACUACAGCUCUGCAGAACAGAGGGAUAAACUUGUUCAAAGUGAAAGAAAGUUUGUCGAUGAAAAGUUGAAAAAGAUUGUUGAUUUGAAGAAUGAGGUCUGUGGUUUGGACUCUGAUAAGGGCUUCGUGAUCAUAAACCAGAAGGGUAUUGAUCCCAUGUCGCUAGAUGUGUUAGCCAAGCACAAUAUUUUGGCAUUGAGAAGAGCAAAGAGAAGAAACAUGGAGAGAUUGCAACUGGUUACAGGCGGUGAAGCUCAAAAUUCGGUUGACGAUUUGUCCCCAAAGGUUCUCGGGUUCUCGGGUAAGGUCUAUGAGGAGACGUUGGGUGAGGACAAGUUCACCUUUGUUACGGAAAACAAGGACCCAAAAUCUUGUACAGUUCUCAUUAAGGGUCCAUCCAUGCACAUCUUGAACCAAACCAAGGAUGCUGUACGUGACGGGUUAAGAGCCGUUGCGAAUGUGAUCAAGGAUGACAGUGUUGUUCCAGGUGCUGGUGCUUUCUUCAUUGCUGCAUCUGACCAUUUGACCAAGAACAUUUCUUCUUUGUCGAAGGGGAGAACGAAAACUGGUAUCCAGGCAUUUGCAGAGGCCCUCCUGGUAAUCCCAAAGACACUCGUUAAAAACUCUGGAUUUGACGCCUUGGAUGUCGUUUCAACCUGUCAAGACGAGUUGGAAGAGGGUCGUGUCAUUGGUAUCGAUCUUAACGCCGGUGACUCAUGCGAUCCAACCAUUGAAGGUGUUUGGGACUCUUUCCGUGUCUUGAGAAAUGCAAUCACAUCUGCCGUCGGUAUCUCCUCGAAUCUCCUCUUGUGUGAUGAAUUACUCAAGGCUGGCCGUUCAAGCUUGAAGGAAGGUGCCGGUGCUCCAGGACCACAGAUGUAAAAGGGAAUAGGUCUAUAUAGAACUAAAUCCAGGUUGUACAAUCCCACUACCAGCUCCAAACACCUUGUAGGUAGGUGAUUCUUGGUGUAUGUCUCACUGGCUCGGCUAUCAGUUAUCAGCUACGCGAAUACUGACACCACACGCUCUUCGCCGAAAUCACAUUCGCAUUUUGGUCCACUUCAGCAGCAACCCUUCUAUCAUCUCCUUGCUGUGACGGUAUCCGUAAUGUUACACCAUAUUAACUGUAGAUGCUUUCCUCCUCUGACAAUGACGUAGUGCUACUGUCGUUUGCCCACCGUAAUAC